UAGAGAGAGAGAGAAUCAAAGGCGCAGAUAUUAGGCAGAUCACUGAAGGUGCCAAUUGUGCAAGAGCUUGCAAAGGAGAAACUGAGCAGUGUACCGUCAAGAUCGAGAUACAUCCGACCCGAUCACCAACAUCUCACCGCCGCCGAUGUUUCCUCCCUACCUCAAAUCCCCGUCAUCGAUAUGCAGAAGCUGCUCCUCUCAGAUUCCAUGGAUUCCGAGCUUCACAGGCUGUACGAAGCUUGCCUAGAUUGGGGUUUCUUCCAGUUGAUCAACCACGGCGUGGAUGCGGCGCCCAUAGCCAAAAUGAGGUCGGAAAUGACGGCGUUCUUCAACCUCCCGCCGGAAGAGAAGGACGUAUUCCGGCAGAAGGAAGACGACGUCGAAGGGUAUUUCCUACCACUUGAUCAACACAUGCACGCAGGGUUUCAUUUUAAAUGUGACUAGAGUUGUGUGCAGUUCCAUUCAAACAUUUCAUGGGCCCUGAUCAAAAUGAGAAAAAGAAAAAAAAAAGCCCUUUUAAUUAAAUAUGAUCGUGUGUUUGUAGGUCGUAUUUUUUAAUAGAAUACGAUUAGAGGCUUUGGGCUUUGUAUGCCUUUUUUACUGAUUGGAGCCUAAUCUGUGAUCACUAAAAAAAUCUUAUUUCUAUAUAGUAAUAAAAAUGAAAAUAAAAUAUUGGGGCCUCAUUUUGCCCUGGGCCUUAGGCUAUCGCACCCCUCGCCUAGACUCAGGGUAGGCCCUGAUAGUGUGGAUCGUACUACUAUAAAUGAAAAUGGUAAAUUUUUUAUGGAGGAAUUAAUAGUAAAGAAAAUGGUGGCAAGUAUGAUUGAUUGAUUCUUUGGCUGCGGAUUAUGACCAACGGCGCUUACCACAUCGUUGAGCAUCGGGCGACUGUGAACAACGAGAAAGAUGGAUGGCAAUAUAGGUCCGACGCCAAGCAUCGUUAGCCCCGAAACUCCGGCGAAAUUCAAGACGAUCAGCGCGGUUGAAUAUGUCACGAGUUUGUUUACAAAGGAGCUCAAGGGUAAGUCGUAUGUGGACCUCAUGAGGAUUCAGAAUUAGAGUCACUAAACAUAUUUUUCCAAUGAUCUCCUAUAUCAGUUUGAAGAGUCUGUCAUAUAUUAUGUACUAAUCUCAAAUAAAAUAAAAAAAGGUCUCGUGUUUACUAAUUAA